AGGCGGCGGCGGCGCGCGCCUGGAUCCCGGUCGCGAGGAGGCGGAGGAGGAUGUGGCGCGCGGAGGGGAAAUGGCUGCCGAAAACAAGCCGGAAGAUGAUCAUGGGAACAGCAAUGGCAGUCAUGUAAAAAUCUUUUUACCGAAGAAGCUGCUUGAAUGUCUACCAAAAUGUUCAAGUUUACCAAAAGAGAGGCACCGCUGGAACACUAAUGAGGAAAUUGCAGCUUAUUUAAUAACAUUUGAAAAGCAUGAAGAAUGGCUAACGACUUCCCCUAAAACAAGACCACAGAAUGGUUCUAUGAUACUGUACAACAGGAAGAAGGUGAAAUACAGGAAAGAUGGAUAUUGCUGGAAAAAGAGGAAAGAUGGGAAAACCACUAGAGAGGAUCACAUGAAACUGAAGGUCCAGGGAGUGGAGUGCCUAUAUGGCUGUUAUGUCCAUUCGUCCAUCAUCCCCACUUUCCACAGAAGGUGCUACUGGCUUCUUCAGAACCCUGACAUCGUAUUGGUGCACUACCUGAAUGUACCUGCCAUAGAGGACUGUGGAAAACCAUGUGGUCCCAUCCUAUGCUCAAUAAACACAGACAAGAAGGAGUGGGCAAAAUGGACGAAAGAGGAACUCAUUGGACAGCUCAAACCGAUGUUUCAUGGCAUUAAGUGGACAUGCAGCAAUGGGAACAGCAGUUCAGGGUUCUCUGUGGAGCAGCUUGUACAGCAGAUCCUUGAUAGUCACCAGACCAAACCACAGCCUCGGACGCACAAUUGUCUCUGCACCGGCAACUUGGGAGCAGGUAGCAGUGUGCAUCACAAGUGUAACAGUGCCAAACAUCGCAUCAUAUCACCAAAGGUCGAACCAAGGACAGGUGGGUACAGCACUCACUCAGAGGUACAAAAUAAUGAUGUCUCUGAAGGCAAGAAUGAGCACAGUCAUGGCAAGACCUCCAGCCGGGAGAAGAGGAAUGGCAAAGUGGCAAAACCUGUGUUGCUCCAUCAAAACAGUACUGAGGUCUCUUCCACCAAUCAGGUGGAAGUUCCUGACACUACCCAGAAUUCUCCUGUGUCCAUCAGCAGUGGAUUAAAUAGCGACCCUGAUAUGGCUGAUAGCCCAGUAGUCACUGGUGUCUCCAGCAUGGCUGUUGCCUCGGUGAUGGGAAGUUUAUCGCAAAGUGCCACAGUAUUUAUGUCAGAAGUCACCAGUGAAGCCGUGUAUACCAUGUCACCCACCACUGGCCCAAAUCAACACCUCCUAUCCUCAGAUGCCGCUGCUCAAGGACUGGUACUGGCUGUGAGCUCAGAUGGCCACAAGUUUUCUUUUCCUACACCAGGCAGUUCAGAGAGCUUGUCUAUGUUGCCCACCAAUGUCUCUGACGAGCUUGUGCUCUCUACAACUCUGGAUGGUAGCAGAAAAAUUCCAGAAACCACCAUGAAUUUUGACCCAGACUGUUUUCUUAAUAAUCCCAAGCAGGGACAGACUUAUGGUGGAGGAGGCCUAAAAGGAGACAGCAUUAGUACCAACAUAAGACAGUCACCCACAACAGAACGUGGGUUCAAUUUCAGUGCAGCCCUAACUAAAGAGAUUAAAACUGAGGACACUUCUUUUGAACAACAGAUGUCCAAAGAAGCGUUUUCCUCCACUUCUGCAUCUAAUUCUCUCACCCUUACUACAGGGUCAGGUCUGCUUCCAUCUGGAGGCGGGCUGAGCCCAAGUACCACCUUGGAGCAAAUGGACUUCAGUGCCAUUGACUCCAACAAGGACUAUUCUUCCAGUUUCAACCAGACAGUCCAGAGUCCUCAUGUUCACCAGACCCCUUCCCCUAGCUUCUUUCUGCAGGAUGCCAGCAAACCUCUCCCUCUUGAACAAAACACCCAUAACAACUUGAAUGACACAAGUGGCUCUUUUGUGAACACUUUAGGAAUCCCCAAUGUGAAAACAGAAUCCUCCCAAACAACCUCUAAUUGCAAUGGCACAGUGGAAACUAGAAUAGAGUCCACCUCUUCUCUCCAGCUCAUGCAGUUCCAAGCAAACUUCCAGGCUAUGACUGCAGAAGCUGAAGUUCCCAUGGAGACCUCCCAGCAGGCAGAAGGGAAUGAAAAUCUUCUUAAAUCAGGGGAUCUUCAAGCCUGUAACACAGAGCACUACAUGCAGCCCGAGGCCAAUGGUGGUAUCAGGAAUGGGAAUAAUCUCCCUAUUCUCCAAGGAAAUAUGGUGCAAGGACUCUACCCAGUGGCCCAUCCCAGCUUAAACAACUCCUCCAACAUGGAGCUUAAUUUGGACCAUUUUGACAUCUCCUUCAGCAACCAGUUUUCAGAUCUUAUUAAUGAUUUCAUAUCAGUAGAAGGUGGAAGUAAUGCCAUCUAUGGGCACCAGCUGGUGUCCGGUGACAGUGCCGGGCUAUCUCAGCCUGAAGAUGGCAACAGAGCAACCUACAACCAGGCUGAAAUGUGCAUCCCUUGCUGCAGCCCUCAGCAAGCCAGCAUGCAGCUCAGCAGUGCCGAGAAUGGAGCCAGUACCAUGGCAUACAUGCAUGUUGCUGAGGUGGUCUCAGCAGCCGCAGUACAAGGCACCUUGGGGAUGUUGCAGCAGAGCGGGCGCUUGUUCAUGGUGACAGAUUACUCACCAGAGUGGUCUUACCCUGAGGGAGGCGUGAAAGUCCUAAUCACAGGCCCCUGGCAGGAAGCCAGCAAUAACUACAGCUGUCUGUUUGAUCAGAUCUCAGUGCCUGCAUCUUUAAUACAGCCAGGGGUGCUGCGCUGUUACUGCCCAGCUCAUGAUACCGGGCUCGUGACUCUGCAAGUUGCCUUCAACAAUCAGAUCAUCUCCAACUCUGUGGUGUUUGAAUAUAAAGCCAGAGCUCUACCAACCCUGCCUUCCUCCCAGCAUGACUGGCUGUCCUUGGAUGAUAAUCAGUUCAGGAUGUCAAUCCUGGAACGACUUGAGCAGAUGGAAAGGAGAAUGGCCGAGAUGACGGGAUCCCAGCAGCACAAACAAGGAGUAGGAGGCGGGGGCAACGGGAGCGGGAAUGGAGGAACCCAGACGCAAUGUGUGUCUGGGACCGGGACGUUGGGCAGCUGCUUUGAGAGCCGUGUGGUGGUGGUGUGUGAGAAGAUGAUGAGUCGUGCCUGUUGGACAAAGUCCAAACACCUGAUCCAUUCCAAGACUUUCCGAGGAAUGACCUUGCUACACCUUGCUGCUGCUCAGGGCUAUGCAACACUGAUCCAGACCCUCAUCAAAUGGCGCACCAAGCAUGCAGACAGCAUUGAUUUGGAACUGGAAGUUGACCCUUUGAACGUGGAUCACUUCUCCUGCACUCCACUGAUGUGGGCGUGUGCCCUGGGCCACAUGGAUGCCGCCAUUGUGCUGUAUAAGUGGGACCACCGAGCCAUCUCUAUUCCUGAUUCUCUUGGGAGACUGCCACUGGCUAUUGCUCGGUCUCGAGGUCACGUGAAGUUGGCAGAGUGUCUGGAACAGCUACAGCGAGAUGAGCAAGUUCAGCUUGGGCAAAAUCCCAGAAUUCACUGCCCUUCGAGUGGGGAGUCCAACACCGAGAGCUGGGUUGCCCAGUGGCAAAGUGAAAUCAUUACUUCUCAAGAGCCUCAGAAGGGUGUCACUGUUAUGUCCAGUUCAAAUACAGAGUUAAGACGACCAAGGUCUGAGCCCUCCAACUACUACAGCAGUGAGAGUCAGAAAGAUUACCCAGCACCCAAAAAACAUAAACUGAACCCUGAGUAUUUCCAGGCACGGCAAGAGAAGCUGCUUUCCACAGCCCUGAGCCUGGAAGAGCCAAGUGUCAGGAAGCAGAGUUCCAGCUCCAAGCGAUCCAUCUCUGAGACAAUCAGCCCCAGGGAAGGGAUAAGGGACUAUGGCAGGGAGCUCUCCCAGCACAUCCCAGAAGUUGCUGGGUACCGGGGCUCUGGUGGCCGGGCAGGAAUCAAGUGGAACCCAAAAGACAUUUAUAUUGGUGUGUCUGCAGUGCAGGUGACGGGAAGCCAAAAGGGGCUUGCGUUGGGGAAGGACACCGUAGCCCACCGGCUGCGUCAACGAGAGCAGAUGAAUGUGCUGAUGAUGGCUAACAGGGAGCUCGUGGAUGGGGAGCUGCUUUCCUACAGGGACAGUGUGGAGAAUGAGGACUGCUUACAGCACAUGGAUGACUUGCAGGUGAACAUGAUGACACUUGCAGAGCACAUCAUUGAAGCAACGCCUGACAGGAUCAAGCGGGAGAAUUUUGUGCCAAUGGAGUCACCGCUGGUGGAGAGGACAGACAGUGCUGCCAUUUGCACCACGAUGAGCUGGCUGGCCAGUUACCUUGCUGAUGUCGAUCAUAUACCAAGUGCUGCACAGAUAAGAAGUCUAUACAGUGAACCCCUGACCCCUUCUUCAAACACCAGCUUGAGCCCAGUAGGCUCACCAAUCAGUGAAAUAGCUUUUGAGAAACCCAGCCUUCCUUCAGCAGCAGACUGGUCAGAAUUUCUGAGUGCAUCCACCAGCGAAAGGGUAGAGAAUGAGUUUGCACAGUUAACUCUGUCUGAUCAUGAGCAAAGAGAACUCUAUGAAGCUGCCAAACUCGUCCAGACAGUGUUCAGGAAAUACAAGGGCCGUCCUCUCCGAGAACAGCAGGAAGUGGCUGCUGCUGUCAUUCAGCGUUGUUACAGAAAAUACAAACAGCUUACUUGGAUAGCCUUGAAGUAUGCACUUUAUAAAAAGAUGACACAAGCUGCCAUCCUUAUCCAGAGCAAAUUCAGAAGCUAUUAUGAACAGAAAAAAUUCCAGCAGAGCCGACGAGCCGCAGUGCUGAUCCAGCAGUACUAUCGCAGCUACAAAGAAUGUGGGAAGAGGAGACAAAAAAGUCGAGCAGCUGCCAUUGUACAACAGAAACUUAGAAGCAGUCUGCUCACCAAGAAGCAGGAUCAAGCUGCUCGCAAGAUCAUGCGGUUUUUACGACGCUGCCGCCACAGCCCUCUGGUGGACCAUAGGCUGUACAAAAGGGGGCUGAAUGUUUUUGGAGCACAAAUGUGUGUGUUAAAUUGCAGGCCCCAUGCUCUGGGGUGUCAUUCUUAUUGGGCCUUUCUGUCUUUUUUGUUUUGCAAUCCAAAUGAGAUAUCUGGAAAAAGGCAAGAGCUCCCAUUUCCUAAAUUUCACACAAGCCAAUUCAGCUCUCAGAGCAACAGAGUGAAAGAAUUGAAAAAGGCCAAGGAACCUGAAGAUACACAGCAGCAUCCCGUAGCAAUGUGA